AGGACGUGAAGGUGGUGCUGGAAAGCUGCUGGUUCGAGCCGCUGCUGGAAGACACAUCGCAGCACUCCAGGACCACAAUCCCACACCCUGUGGUACCACCUUCAUCUUCUAGCGGGCCUCACUCUUUCGGGACCUCACCAUCUCCCACUGCGGCAUCACAAUCCAUGUUCACUACCCCACAACUGAUGCCAACAGAGUCACAAUCGCUUCUCACGGAGUCACAAUAUAAUAAGAGUAUUUCAUCAUCGUCCAUCGCUGUGUCCCAAUCAACCACAUCAAAGAUGGACGGACCGCGCAAAUCUAAGAACAAAGGAAAAAGUUUCGGACAGAAAAUGCGGACGGAAAGUUCCGCUCGUGUCGAGAUCGUCCGGAAAUCGUGCGCCGCCAUCCCGUCUGUUACUGUCAACCCUGUCACCGCGAGCUUCACAUUCACCGUGGGCAGCGAGCUAGCGGACGCGUGGCGGUGGACGCUACAGUGCACCGUGGGUGUGUGUGCUGCGGGGGCGCUGCCCCAGCCCGCCCUCAGCAAGUGUACGAAACCCUCGCUGUACUGCGACCAGGCUGAGCUGCUGCAGCUCUUCCAGCACCAGCCGACCGCCUCACGCACGCGUACGCUGCACUUCGGCCCUCUGCUCCUACAGCCGCCCAACUUAGACGCGUCGGUGCGGACGCCGGACGGCAGCUCAUCGUCGUCCGUGCUCGUCCUGAAGGGCGUCGCCACGGAGAUGGUCUUCGUCAUCUCCUUCGUCUCAUUCGUCGUCGGCGUCGCCCUCACUUCCUUCCUCUGGUUCCUUCACUCAAAAUUCGGUUGCGCCCGGGGCUGCAAGUCCGGUCUCCAGACCCUCGAGGCCCCCCGUGGGGCCCCGUGUGGUGCCCCCAACAGCGGGGGCUCCACCCCCUCUUCACAAGCCCCCAUGACCGUGGGGGGCUGACCGCAGGCCCCCCCGUGGUCGCGUAGGGGCAAGCUCGCCCACGCGCCCCCCCUUGCCCACGCCCCCCACCUCCACGCCUCCGCCGGACUUCUGAGUACCCCGAAGAGGCUGAGUACCCGGCACAGCCCUCAGAGUACCCAGCACAGCCCUCAGAAGCAGCUGCUGCUGCCACAGUCCCGCCCGCCCUCAGUUGUGAGCGUCGCGUCCUCGGCCGCGCCAGCCCUCAACACGACCCUCGUAUGACACGAGCCCGGACCCUCGUCCCUCGACGUCGAGGACGACGUAUUUCUCCUGCAGCGCGUCGAGAGUACGUCUGACACCUGCUCGUCGAGUGGUGGCAGCUCGACGACGUCUGAGUCGUAGACGUCGAGAGUACGUCUGACACCUGCUCGUCGAGUGGUGACAGUUUUAUUUAACUGCUUUAAAAUGAAAUCAAACUGUCUGUUAUAAUUUUUUUUUGUUAUUGAGAGGUACGAAUAAUGUUUGCCCAAGGCUAUCGAUUUCUGAAGAGAUUAAAAAUGUGGAUGCUUAGUAACAUUUGAAUUACAUAUCUUUUGUAAGAAAAUUUCUCCUUCGUCCAGCUGGUGUUACGCAUUGUAGGAGGCUUAGCCUGCUCUCUAGUUCUUCAGUUGCGCUAAAUAUUAUAAUAUUAUUGUGAAUAUUAUAACAUUA